UGAAAGGACUUUUGUGUGUUUGAAAUGUUUGUAAACAAUUGAAUUGAAUUUAUUAUUGAAUAACUCAAGUAUACAAACACUCAUUUGCAGACACUUUUACAGACAAUGAGCUGAUCCAGUGAUUGACAACUUAUGACAAAUAUUUUUAAUUGUAUUGAUUUAGUGUUUAAUGAUUUAAUUAAUUGAUGAAUUGAUAUCAGAUAUGAGUGAAGACACCAUUGGUUAUCAAUUUUUAUUAACAGACAGACUGACAAUGGGAUCAAUUGACAAAUGGCUUAUAUUUAGUUUACUUCGGGAACCCUUUAUCUCAAACAUACGUAUGUUUUCAGUGUUUGGUUGUUCGGGAAAUGAGGCCAUUAUUGUGACCAAAGACGAUGAAGUGUAUGCUUUAGGAUCUAAUUGUAGUCUAUGUCUUGGUUUGGGAGAAGUUGUUGGCUCUCCUGAACCGCGAAGAAUUGAUUGUUUAGCUAAAAAAGCUAUUAUAAAGAUCGCUGCGGGCAGUGGUCCGCACGUAUGCGCCCUUACGGCUAGCGGUGAACUCUACACGUGGGGUCACAACACCUAUCAUCAGUUGGGAAAUGGAAAUACAAAUCCUUCUUCGACACCACUUUUAGUUACUUCUAAUCUGAUGGGAAAACGAGUGAUUGACGUGUUUUGCGGUUCAUAUCACACUCUUGUGUUGACCGAUGACGGAGAAGUGUAUGCUUGGGGUCAGAAUAAUUGCGGACAAAUCGGUUCCGGUUCGACCACUAAUCAACCGACUCCUCGCAAAGUAACGGCUGGUAUUGGGUCGCGAACUGUUGUGGCCAUUGCUUGCGGACAGAUAUGUUCAAUGGCUGUGUUAGACUCGGGAGAAGUUUUUAGUUGGGGUUACAAUGGAAACGGACAGUUGGGUUUGGGAACUAAUGCCAAUCAACCAAACCCAAUGAGAGUCACAAAUUUAAAUGGUGUGGUCAUCCAGAAAGUAGUUUGUGGUAACGCACACACACUGUUACUUUCAGAUGACGGUACUAUUUAUGCCUUUGGUAGUAACAGUUAUGGACAGUUGGGAACCGGCUCUAAAUCAAAUCAAACUGCACCGAUUAAAGUGGCGGCUAAUUUGGGCAGAUUUAUAGACAUUGCUGCCUCUCAUUACACACAUAUAUCCGCUUCCAUCACUCAGGAGGGCAAGUGUUAUAUGUGGGGUCAAUGUAGAGGUCACUCUAUUACUACACCAAUUGAAACACCCUUUCAGUCAACUCAUGAUGUGUUGGCAACAUUUGCCACACCGUCGGUAACUUUCCGAUCGGUCCAACUAUGUAUGAGUCCUAUAAAUCGAGUUCUCGACAGUCUUUCCCAGGCAUUCAACGACGAGAAAACCAGUGAUUUUAAGUUUAUUGUCGAUAAUAAACCUAUUUAUGUUCAUAAAGCCAUUCUUCGAGUAAGAUGUGAACACUUCAGACUAAUGUUUGAUAAUAAUUGGGCCGAAAGUACUAAAGAUGAGCUCGAAAUGACUCAAUAUUCUUAUGCUGUUUAUUGUGCUUUUCUUCAAUACCUCUACACAGAUGAUGUGUCGGUAGCGCCCGAGGAUGGCAUCGGACUAUUAGAUUUAGCCAAUUCUUAUUGUGAAACUGAUCUCAAACAAAAAUGUGAAAGACUUAUAAGAAACGGUAUAACUGUUGAAAACGUGGCGAUGCUAUACUCGGCUGCCAUUAAGUUUGAUGCCAAAGGUCUUGAGGACUACUGUUUUCGGUUUUCAUUAGUCCACUUGACUGCUGUCGUACAGACCGAUGCCUUCAAUAAAUUGGAUGAAAAUACACUCAAAAGCUUUAUAACAAAGGCUGCACUUAACGAUAAUUAUCUUAGUAAUGGUAUUACACCCGUAUAUACCAACUACGGUAAGAUUAAUACAGUGGACAAUACUAUUGUAUAA